AUGACUGACGCCGAGUCCACUAAUAAUCCAGCUUUUAUCGAAGCAGCCAACGAAGUUAGAUCGUUGGGAGAUUCGCUAACUCAAGAAGAUCUUCUUAAACUCUACGGUCUAUUCAAACAAGCCACCAUUGGCAAGGUCAAUACUACCGCGCCAAGCUCCAUUUUUGAUCCUAAAGGAGCAGCAAAACAUAGAGCAUGGUCUGAUGUUGGAGACAAGUCCAAAGAAGAAGCUCAAGCCGCUUACGUUGCCUUUGUUGAAGAGAUCAAGGCUAGGGCUGGUCAAUAG